AUGGUUACAGAAAUUGUUGAUGGUCUUAUAACAAUAUCCCCUUACUCAUUUGUGUCCUUCUCAGAGAUCGUUGGGAAAAUUGAUAUGGACUACUUGAUUGAUGUUGUGGCCAUUUUGUCUGCUGUUAGACGUGAAAGGGUCUAUGAAAGGAAUGGUGUAACUACUAAGUUUAAGGUUAGUGAGUUACAGUUCAAUGGGAUGAAGUUUGAUUGUACAUUGUUUGGAUCAUAUGUUGAUGAACUUGAUGCAUACCUCAAAUAUGGUAACACCGACCCUGUUGUUGUUCUUGCUCAGUAUCUAAAAGUCAAAUUACAUAACAUUGGAUCGCCUACUCAACCAUUUAGUUAUAUGAAGGAUGCUUCUAAGAUGAGUUUAGAAGAAGAUUUCUUAAAUCUGAGUCAACGCAAAACAAUUUAG